GAUGUCAGUAAGAAUCUGACAUUGAUUUAUGAUUGUCAUUUCAAACAGUACAUAUUUUUGUUUGCAAAACAUUUUUGGAUUUUCUAAUGCAUUUGUUGUGAAAAAUGAGUGAUUUUGCUAAUGCGACGGAGGCUGCAUCUCUAGCCGUCCGAUUUGACCAGACGGGACAGACGGAUAAAGCUGUGGAAUGCUAUCGGACGGCGGCUAGACUAUUGGAUAGGAUUCGUGAUCGUUUCCCUCCAGAAAGACAAGAAGAUGUAAGGAAUAAAGUGCAGGAGUAUCUAGAACGGGCUACCGUAUUGCUGGAACAACAAGACAGAGCGCAGCAAGCAGAAUGUGAGCGAGCCAUGCAACAAUGUUACUUCCUCAUGCAGCAAGCUCUAGAUGCGGAUGAAGCUAAUCUGAAAGAUAAUGCACUAAAAUUGUACACACAGGCUGUAGAAUUAGCCGUUUCUGUUAAAUCAAGUGAUCCAGAAGUACAGACAAAGAUCAAAAACUUAGCUGGACAAGCACUUGACAGGGCUGAGGAGUUGAAAGGUAUAAAGCGGAUUGGAUCUCUUUCUAUAAGUGAACCACGAAAGCCAGUUGUAUCUCCAGUUAGACCUGUACUACAAAGAGACCAAAGCGUACACUUAAAAGUAACCGGAAAGCAAGCCACAUACUCGGAAGAAGAAAAAGAAGUUUUGCGUACAACUUCUAACAUAAACAACAACUGUUUCCUUCCAUUUAUGGAUGUGGACUUGUCAGAGAGAUUUCAAUAUGCUAUUCCGUUUGAGGAUAGAGCAAGUGAAUUGAAGUUAUCUUCGAAGCAAGAGAGGGAGUUUGAUAGUUGGGUGAGACCGCACGAAAUAUGCGCUGAUCCAAAGAUGGUUGUUGGAGAUCAUGUUGACUGUUUUAGUAUUAAGCAGACUAUAGUAUCAGACUGCUCAUUCGUGGCCUCUCUAGCGGUGAGUGCAUUGUAUGAAAAGAGAUUUAACAAGAAGAUCAUAACGUCUAUUAUUUAUCCCAAGAACAAGAGCAAGUCGCCCAUCUACAAUCCCUUUGGAAAAUAUAUGGUCAAGUUACAUUUGAAUGGUGUUCGGAGAAAGGUGAUUAUAGACGACAGAUUACCGUACAGUAGACAUGGGCGGCUGUUGUGCUCGUAUUCAAGCAAUAAGAACGAAUUCUGGGUCUCUCUGUUGGAGAAAGCGUAUAUGAAAGUAAUGGGCGGGUAUGACUUUCCUGGCUCGAAUAGUAACAUAGAUCUCCACGCGUUAACAGGCUGGAUACCAGAGCGCGCAGCUAUAAGGAAUGGCGAGGCGGACUUCAACGCGGACGCCCUCUAUGAGAAGAUUCGGACGCGGCUCGAGAAAGGAGAUGUCCUGGUCACCGUCGCUACUGGACCCCUGUCUGAUGCUGAGGCGGAGAGAACCGGACUUGUGGCUACUCAUGCUUAUGCUGUUCUCGAUGUUAGGUUAGCUAAUGGUGUAAAACUCCUAAAACUAAAGAACCCAUGGUCUCACCUCCGUUGGCGGGGUAAUUACUCAGAGUUGGACCUUGCGCACUGGACGCCAUCUCUCCGUGGACAACUGAACUACGAUCCCGAUAGUGCGGCGCAGUACGACAACGGCGUGUUUUGGAUCGAUUACGCCAGUAUACUGAACUUCUUUGAUGUUUUCUACCUCAAUUGGAACCCUGAAAUGUUCCAGUACACUUAUUGUAUACAUCAAAAAUGGGACGCCGGCACGGGUCCAGCGAAGGACGCCUACAAUAUCGGCGAGAACCCGCAAUUCUCUCUCCACGUGCAAGGGAAGGGCGCCGUCUGGUUACUGCUCACCCGACACAUCACGCAGAUUGAUGACUUCAGGGACAAUAAGGAGUAUAUCACACUGCUGGUGUAUAAGAAUGGGAGGCGGGUUUAUUAUCCUUACGAUCCUGAACCUUAUAAAGACGGUAUAAGGAUCAACAGUCCCCACUACCUGUGCGAACUGCUUAUAGGCGAAGGCAGUGCGGACAGAUAUACCCUAGUAGUGUCCCAGUACGAGAAGAGUAAAACUAUAUUCUAUACUCUACGUGCGUACGCGACCUGUCCGUUCACAUUGAGCAAAUUGGAGCCGUAUCCGUAUAAAAAGACUCUCAAAGGCGAAUGGACAUCUCGUACGGCGGGCGGUUGCGAGAACCACCGCGCGACAUACCCAAACAACCCAAAGUUCAUUAUCACAGUCCCCGACUCCAGGACUCCUUGUCAUAUAGUCGUGGAACUUAAAGGACCGAAGCAGUACCAAAUGGGAGUCGACGCAAGAGUCGAGUCUUUGGACGAUCCUACAGUCACUGCGCCGUUCUUAAAGGAGUCUUCUGGACCUUAUAGGGCUGGUUUCGUAGUCUUAGAGCUGCGCAGUCUACCGGCAGGCCGCUACAUUCUGACUCCGUCCACAUUCUACCCAGGACAAGAGGGGCCAUUCUUCCUAGAACUACGGUCUACCUGUCCAAUCACAUGCGAGGGACGUAACUAGCGAGCGCACAGGAUGAAGGAAGAUGCUUACAGGUUUUAAUAUGGCUUUUAUAUCGAUUAAUCUUAUGAAUGAAUCGAUUAAGCUUCUAUUGAUUUGAAUUGAUUUAAGUUAGAUAUCAAUUUAAAUCGAUUAAAGUUCGAUAUUGUUUUAAAUCGAUUGAAGUUGAAUUUAUCGAUAUGAAUAUUUAAUUAUCGGAUUCGAUUCGUUUAAAUUUGGAUAUCAAUCAAAAUUGAAUAUCAGCGACAAUCGUUUGGAUGAAAAUCAAUUGAAAUCAAAUAAUCGAUUUAUUUUAAAGCGCAGCUCAGAUCGGAAAGACAAGUCUAGUCUUUUGUUAUCGAUUAACAAAUCAAAGAGAAUUUUCGAUAUUUGAGCCGUAUUUUUAAAUAAUAUUGUAAAUAAACGUUUUUAUAAUGAUAAUGAAUUUUAAUGGAGUGUUCACCACAAUCAUUAUUUGUUACAUUUAGAUCGUAAUAUAGUGACUAAAAUGCUUUAAAAUAUUGCCUAAUGAAAUGCUGAUUUAUCCAUGUUUUUAAUAUAAGGGACGAAAGAAUCUUGGACUAUGAGUUAUUGCUACAUUUAGGGGCCCUUUUCACAAACUUUCGUUUCGAGUAUGGGUGUGAUUAGUACCCUUAGUAUGAGUUUGUUUUAGAGCGCGUCUGGCGCUCUGAUUGGUUGGUUUAUUCGAGCCGGCCAAUCAGAGCGCCGAACGCACUUUCGCUUCAAUUACUUUAAACGUAAAGCAAAUUAGUACUAAGGGUACAGACGUUGUGAAACAGGUCUUUAAUAUUUUUUUACUUUUUAAUUUUAUUUUUCGCUUUUUGAAGCCUUUUAUUGAAUGUGUAAGGGCUUGCUUUUGUAUAGUUUUUGACAAUAAUGAAGUGAUGUACCGGAUCUGUGCCUUUAACGAUAAACGUACAUAUUAUGUGACACAUCACUAUAUUUAAUAUUGAAAAAAUAUCACCCUGUACUGUUUUCGUGUCUAUGCAUUCAAAAUUAUUAAACUGUUUAACUUAACACUCGAACAAUUUUAUAGAUAAAAGGUAAGUAUCCACAGGCCCGCAUAAUACGCAUCGCACGCAAAAACAACUGCGUCCACUGAUCCGCAUCGUACGGACCGCUCAUCGGCAAUGCUGACAUGCGAUGCGUACCGAUGACGUUAUAUGAAUUGUCGAUGCCAAAAAUCCGAGUAAAAGUGGUAUCAGCAAUCCGAUUGCUGAUACUGGCGUCGGCAAACCGGUCGCUAUCGAUAUCUGUUUGAUGCGUCGAUGCGUCCGAUGCGGGUUUGUGGACGCUUACCUUAUAUCAUAGAUUAACAAUAAAGGGAAUUGGCAGAAAAUAAAUUACAUUUAUAUCUGGACAUGAAAUUCAAAAAAGGAGCAUCAGAACAAUAAAUAUUUUGAUUAAAACCUUUUUAAUGCGGAAACGCUUUUUAAGACAAAAACAAUUCUUAUUAUGUCUUAUUAAGUGUUUUUUCUCUCCUGAGUAUAUUGUCUUGGCUCCCAUUCUGUCACUCUUUAAACGAUAAGCGACAGAAUUUGAGUCCAUAGGGAGUCAAGAAAUGGUUAUUUUACGUGCAAAUGUUCCCAAUUUUCUUGAUGCUUUUAUUUUGUUUUAG